GGGCAGGGAGGGGACACGCCUGCCUGCCUGCCUGCUCCUCAGAUUGCGCUGCCCCCGGCCGCGCUAGGCCCGGGCGGGAAGUCUUGGUCGCACAGGUGCAGGAAAAUGCGGCAGGAGCCUGGCGCGCUUUAGCCCGCCACUUUUCCCUCCCUCCCCUUCUCUCUCGUUCCUCUCGCCGCCUGGCUAUGACGGGGACAAACAAAAGUCCAGGUAACCUGAAAAGGGGAGGAUACAAUAGUCACGACGUGCUGUUUUACCUUGUGGCCUGAAACCUCUCCCUCUUUUUCUAUUCCUUCCCAAACGCUCCUUCAGGCACCUCAGGGGCCACUGCUUCCCUUGCUUCCACUCACCCACCUCCGUUUCGCUUCCUCUCCAAAGCUAAGGAAAUCACACAGGAGACCUCAAAUUAGGUGUCUUACCUGAAGUGUGUUCUGAAAUAAAUAAUAACAGUGUUCACUUUGCUGGAUUAUUUCCAUUAAAAAGUAAUAAUGAGCAAGUUUUACUAAUGGAAUCCAGAAUGUGCCGCUCAUCCUUUCCUUUCAGAGUCACUCCGAGAGAGAGAGAGAGAGAGAGAGAGAGAGAGGAAAGUGUGACGUGUCACCUGUGAUUAUUGCACACCUGGGUUCUGGGGUUCAGGCCUUUGCGCUUGGCUCUCUCUAGCUGAUGCUUGGUAAACAAGGCACCUGAGCAGAGAAUGCCAUGUCUUAAAUAUCCACACCUCCCAUCAAUCCGGCAAGCCCAUUUUCGCAUUUUUUAUGUUGUCAACAAAUUUGUUGAACAAUAAAUGUUUAUUGUAAGGCAAAACGGCUCUCCCUUAAUGUUCUGAAAUUAUCAAAAUUCAGUACACUCAUGGGUGAACUAGGUCCCAAUUGAGGCACGUGUUAUUGUGCCAGCCCAAUAGCUGACUUGUAAGUUGGUAAAAAGGUAAAGGGACCCCUGACCAUUAAGGUCCAGUCGCGGAUGACUCUGGGGUUGCAGCGCUCAUCUCUCUUUAUUGGCCGAGGGAGCCAGCGUACAGCUUCCGGGUCAUGUGGCCAACAUGACUAAGCCACUUCUGGCAAACCAGAGCGGUGCACGGAAACGCCGUUUACCUUCCCGCCGGAGCGGUACCUAUUUAUCUACUUGCACUUUGACGUGCUUUUGAACUGCUAGGUUGGCAGGAGCAGGGACUGAGCAACAGGAGCUCACCCCGUCGCGGGAAUUCAAACCGCCGACCUUCUGAUCGACAAGUCCUAGGCUCUGUGGUUUAACCCACAGCGCCAACUAGGUACAAAUUCAGUCUAUAACAACAACCAUAGAAAUGGUUUAACAAUAUGGUACAGUUCCCAUUUUCUAACAACUUUCUGUUAUGUAUAUGUACUGCAUAUAUAUAUAUGCUACAACAAACUCUUGGCACUUACAAUUUCACUGAAGGGGGUUGGACUAGAUUACCCUUGUGGUCCCUUCCAACUCGACAGUUCUGUGAUUCUAAGUGAGAGGCACCUGGCAACAAAGUCAGCCUGAAAAUAGCCUAAGGUCUACAGGUGGUUCCCGGCCCACUGCUUGAGAGACAACAACAAGUAUAGAGGUACAUGUAAGAGGCAGACCUUUAAAAUUCAUAUUGUGUUGCAUUAUACCAGUCUAUCAAGUUCAAUAGGUGAAAAGGAGAAUGGAGGGAUGAGUUCUAAUCUUUUCUCCAAAUUGGCACCCUUGUUUUUCCUCCAAAACUUCCUAUCAGUCACUGAAAUCAUUGCCCUGGUAAGGCUAGUAGACCUUUUUGAAAAUCUGAUCUUGUCCCUAUGGAGCUAGAGGGGAGGAAGAAGGCUUUACAUCCUAAUUCCUAUAUUUUAAUUUUGCUGCCAAGGAUGAGUCUAUAAACUCCGUUCAACCCACACAUGUGGGCACCUAGAGGGAUAAACUGCAAUUCGUAUGCCUCUCCUAGCUAUUAAAACCCACCCCACAGGACAGACUCCUGUCUGAAAUCCUGGCAAGCUGUUGCCGGUGUAAACAAUACUGCACUUGACCAAUGGCCUGACUCAGUAUAAGGCAACUUCCUACAUUACUAUGUCAGGUGUGGGUGUGUGUGUGGGUGUGGGUGUUGUAUAUGCUCUGUACAAACACUCUACUCAAUGUGGAGGGUUGUGCUCCAAAACAGUGGUUGUGAGGAACAUAAUGGGAUUUGAACAUUUGCCUGGAAGGAUACCUGGAGACUAGUAGCAACAGGGUUAUUGCUGGUUGUGCCACUGGGGCUGAUGGGAGGAGCUGUGGCAUCAUGUAUGUUGUUUUACAGGGGAUGGACUGAGGGCACGUCCCCAUUAUAAUGAGUUCAUUGGCUUCUGGCAUUUAUGGGUGAUGUGGGUAUAAUUGCUAGCACAGUUCCUGAUUGGUAGACACUGGUAUAGUUUCCAAAGAUUCUGGGAAGAUGCCCAUUAUGCUUCUGAUUUUUAUUUUUAUUUUGUAUUUUCUGGUUGUGUGUCUUUCCCCUCCCAGGCAAACCACCCACUGGAUAUAGUGGCCGUUCCAUCAACACAGAGCAACUGUACCUCCUUCUUUCCAGGAGUAAUGUAAGUGCAGAAUGCUUCUGUUAAGUUCUGCCUUUGCGUUUAUUAAUCUUCUGUGUGUGUUUUUGUUUGUUUGUACAUUUGGUUUUAAACGAAGAGUAAAAUGAACUCAGAGUAAAAUCCAAGCUGGGUUUUUUUGUGUGUGUGUUUUUUUUCAAAUUUUGAAAUAUGUGACUAGAUCUCUCGCCACAGUCCUGCAUUGUCGCUGUUGUUUUAAUAUAUCUGAAAAGAACGUUGGCCUAAACAAGAAAACUGCUUUGACCGCAGGAUCUGCUGUACCUCAGCUACAAAUAUUGGCUCACGUCACCAAUAAUAUUGUCAUUUUAACAAAUUAGAGGAAAGGGUUGGGGUUGUUAUGUCUCCUUGGGGAAAUUAAAGCUGUUAACACUUUUAUUGGGCAUCUCUGCUUCUGUGUCAUAAAAAUGCCAUUGCUAAUAUACUGCCUCCCCCCCCCUUGCAGAUCAAGGUUAAACUGAAGAAAUGCUCUCUGUUGAGACAAGCUAACCAUUUGUUUUCUAAGGAUGUGAAAACGUGUACUACACACACAAAACUCCUAGAAAUAAAUCAGGGAUUCAAUAGGUGCAUGAUCCAAGUUGAGAUGUAAAAUGCAUAGGCUGUGUGAAUACAAUGUUAAGACUGGUUUUUCAA